AGCAAAGUAACCUCCCUUUAUGUUCGACCUUCACGUACAUCAAAAUGGCGUCCCUAAUUCGACAUACAUCUCGGUUAUUUAGUCGAACGGUCUUAUUUAAUUCUGUUAGAGCAGGAUCUGGGCAUUCAAAAGAUCCUAAUCCAAAUAAUCUUUUUAAAGAUAUAGACAAUGAAGUAAGAACAAACGUAGAGGCAUUUUAUGCUGAAUUGAAAGGAGAUAAAACUGCAGACCCUUCUGAAGGUGACGUAAAAGCACAAUUAGAAGAAUUGGGCAGUUUGACCGGAGACCAGAGACAUGAGACUCUUGAAAAUAUGAAGGGAAUUUUUGAUCCUUUUGAUGUAGGUGUACAUAAGCAGACCAAUGACAGUCAGGGAACUAGAGAAAACCCUAUUCUUGUUCCAACAGUUGAGGGAUACAGGCUUGUAGGAUGUGUUUGUGAGGAGGAUUUGACAGAGGUGUGCUGGAUGACCAUUCAUCAUGGAACUAAGAGGCAGUGUAAUUGUGGAAAUUGGUUCCAGUGUGUGCAAAUUCCUGGAGCUGUAGCCCAUUAAUAUAAUAAAACUUCUCUAUUCUUUAGUAAACAAUUAUAAAUGACAUUGUAUGUAUGAUGAUAUCAAUUUUGAAUAUUCAAAUCAUCAGGUUUUGUUUUGCAAAAAAAAAAAAGGAACAGAAAAUAUAUGUCAAAAUUUA